AUGAACGGAGCUCAGGCGGUGUUCUUCUACGGCGUGGCCUACGGUCAGUUCCUCUCCGGCGUGGGCGGGUGCUCCUCCGGCGGCGGCGCCGGCGGCGGCGGCAGCGGCGACGAGCCAAACCGCCCGUGGCGCCCCAAGUCCGGGCACGAGGCCGACGCCGUCCCGGCGGCCCUGCGCAAUAAUAAGAAGAGGCCGGCGUCGUCCCACAAGGGCAAGGACCCUGCCGGGGAGGGGCGUUACCCGUGCCCCAUCUGCCACCGCCUCUUCGACGCGGUGAAGGCCGUCCACGGCCACCAGCGCAGCCACCCGGAGCGCGACUGGCGCGGCAUGGCGCCGCCGCGCCCGCCGCCCCCCGUGGCCGCGGACGGGAGGCAGUACCGCUACGCGUGCGACCGCUGCGGGGCCCCGUUCGAGACGCGCCAGGCGCUGGGCGGCCACCGCGCCAGCCACAGCGGCAAGAUGGGGUGCUUCUGGCUGUCCAGGCAGCAGCCCGCCGCCGCGCCGCCGAUGCUGCCCUUUGACCUGAACGAGCCGGCGGUGCCGGAGCAGGAGGACGAGGAGUAG